UGGUCCUGGUCCUGGUCCUUGUCCUGGUUGUGUGUGAUGGUGGUUGUGGGUUUUGGACGACUAAUCCCGGUCAGAAGGAUUGAGAUGUUGGUGAUGGUGGUGGUGGUUGGGUGGGCGAGUAGGCGAGCGAGAAGCCAAGUAUGUGAGAGGAAGACAAGUUGGGGGUGGGCGCACGCAAGCCUAUGUAAGUGCCCAUCCACGUACGGAUACAGCUCUCCUUCUCUCACCCUCUCACAUAGACGCCGGUAGAUGCGGAGGCCGGCAAAGAAGAGGGUAUCCUCGAUUGGGAUUGGGUUUGAACUUGAUUUGUGUCACUUCCUGUCCAACAACGGACAAUAAGAGGACGAAAAGGAGGGGUGGAGGGGCGUGGCCGAAAAGGAAGCUACCUUUAGGUAAGAGAGAGAGAGAGGGAGAAAGAGAAAGGAAGAGACACAAACGUGGGAGUGAGUGACAUGGAAAAGAAGAAGAGAACAAGAGGUAGAACAAGCAGAGCGAGACACGAAACGAACGAAGCGUGUAGGUAACUGUUGCGGGAAGAUGGGAGGAUGGAGGAUGGUGGGAGAGGUGUGUGGAGCAGAGCAGAGCAGA